AUGUCGCCAAAACCACCCACCGAGUUCGCGCCCUCCUUGCCGCCCAAGCUGUCACGGCCCUCGGGAAUCCUCAAGACGACGAAGCCGAAGCCCAAGACUCCCGCCGCCGCCACGACUAUCAAGGCCGCCACUAUCAAGACCGCCACCACCACCUCCUCCACCUUCACCGUCACCACCGCUACCACCGUCAAGGCCGACAACGCCAUGUUCGACACUCUGAUAGAGCGCCUCGAGUCCUUCGGGGCGGAGCCGGUACCAUCGCAGCGCAUGCUCUCGUCGCUCGCCAACGAGGGCGAGAUCGACGAGCAGAUCGAGAUGGCGGAGAAUUCGAUGCUGUGCUACGAGCUCAAGGGGCGCCAGAAACAGCUGCGCUGA